CCAGUAGUGCUAAAAGACGCACUAAGUGAGUGCAGAAGAAAAAAACUACUAUUAGAACAUUUAUACCAAAAGAAAAAAAAGCACUUCACAUAAAACAUGAACAGAUUCAUUUGGACAUCUUUGAUAUUUUUAGUAUGCCUCAACAGAGGUAUUAGCACUGAACUAAAAAAAGAAGAUAAUGAGGGGCUUUUGCUGACAACUACAAAUGGCACUAGAAAUGACUUUUCAUCAUGGGAUGGCUUUGAGGAUGAAGAAGACGACAUUGAAAAUGAAAGAGAAGUGUCAGUCUCUGGAGACUCAUUACUAGGUCUGGAUGACGACACAGUAAGAGUGCAACCUGUAGCUAAGCCCAAGGAAUCAGAAGGGCAAGACAAGAGAAAAAAAACAGGGAAAAGAAAUAACAGGCAAAGGAACAAGGACAAAAAUGACAAGAAAAAGAAAUUGAAAGCAAACCCAUGUACUACAACACAUAGUGAAUAUUGUAUUCAUGGAGAGUGUGUACAUUAUGGAAAUUUGAAUGAAACGACAUGCAUAUGUAACGGGGGAUAUAGUGGCGAGCGGUGUGGUAUUCAGCAACUGUCGUCUGUAAUCAGAGAAGAUAGUAUAGAUGUCACCCAAUCUGUACUUGUUGUAAUAGCUGUGGUGCUCUCUUUGAUAAGUUUUAUUGCAGUUCUCAUCAUUAUUUGUGUCCAUUGCAGAUCUCAGAAAAGAAUCACAGAACUUUACCAUGGACGAAAUGAAGAAAAGGAAAAACUACAUCAAGAUAAAGGGAAUAGCCACAUUGUUGUCUAAACAGUAACAGGAAGUCAACUUCAAGAGCACCAUCAGAUGAAGCUCCUUUCAAGGACAGCUCAACAAAUAAUUAUUCUGUAUAGAGAUAUAUACUCUAUAUUAACUAUGUAAUAUAUUAUAUUUAUUUGUGUAUUUAAUAUUAUUUAUUCUAUUUUAUUAUUAUAUUUGCUUCUUUUAAAAGUGUUUCAAAUAAAUGUAAUUGUAUUUUU